GCAAACCCAACACCCAUUCACACUUGAAAAAAGUUCAUCCUCUUCCUGGGCAGAAUGGCUUUGGCUUACAGUGUUUCUCAACCUUCUCUCUCCAAUCCAUUUGAUGUUCAGAAGAUUAAGUUGACCUCAAAAUUCGAUCAGAGAGAACCACAAAGAUUGCAAAUCAUCAACGCUGAGAAGAGGUGCUUGAGAUGCAACAAUCUAUACCAAGACAAAGACAACUCCCCAACUGCCUGUGCUUUCCAUGGCCACACCACUGGUAUGGAUUUUCCCUUCUCUCUCAUCCACUUAUUUGCUAGAUUACCUAUCUGUCCUAAUUGACCUUAAAAAAUGACUUUUCGCACUCAAUCAACUUCCAACUAAAAUAUGAAAUUUAUAGAUCAAGAUGCUGAGUUUGGUUGUUAAAUUGAUAAUUCUUAGCAAUUUUACUCAAUUUAAUUGGAUUGAUCCCCAGAUGCUUGUGCUUUCCAUGGCCACACCACUGAUAUGGAUUUCCCUUCUCUCUCAUCGACUCUUUUGCUAGAUUACCUUUCCUUUA